UCACAGUACCUCUUGUUAAAAAUUGUGAAAUUCAUGGCCCCUGGAUCAGGGGUUCUGGUGCUAGGGUGGGGCUCUAUAAGUCAUAUAGUGAAAAUGCAUUAUUUCUUUGAAAAUCUUCUUCUCUGUCCUUGGGUAUUAAGUAGACAAACCAAUAGCAUGGUUAUGAUGAGCAAGGAUGCCUCUUUCAAAAUUGUGAAAUUCAUGGCCCCUGGGUCAGGGGUUCUGGUAUUAGGGUGGGGCCCUAUUGAUCAUAUAGUGAAAAUGCAUUUUAUUUCUUUGAAAAUUUUCUCUGCUGCUGGGUAUUAAGUAGACAAACUAAUAGUAUGAUAAUGAUGAUCAAGGAUGCUUCUUUCAAAACUGAAAUUUAUGGCCCCUGGGUCAGGGGUUCUGGUGCAAAGGCGGGGCUGACCACAUAGCUAUUCAAUGUUUCUUCCAUCCAAAAGUAAAAUUCUUAUAUUUAAACACAAACCUAAUUCAAACAUUGGAAGGUUGUUACAUGAUACUCAGGUGACCUAUAAGGCCCCUGGGCCUCUUGUUAGGUAGUGCAGACUCUAAAUUGUUAAAAUCAUGGCCCCCGGGGGUCGGAUGGGGCCACAAUAGGGGAUCAAAGUUUUACAUACAAAUAUAUAGGGAAAAUCUUUAAAAAUCUUCUUCUCAAGAACUACUGAGCCAGAAAAGCUGAGAUUUAUAUGAAAGCAUCCUUAUAUAAUGCAGAUUCUAAAUUGUUAAAAUCAUGGCCCCCUGGGUUAGGAUGGGGCCACAAUAGGGGAUCAAAGUUUUACAUACAAAUAUAUAGGAAAAAUCUUUAAAAAUCUUCUUCCCAAGAACCACUAAGCCAGAAAAGCUGAGAUUUAUAUGAAAGCUUCCUGAUAUAGUACAGAUUCUAAAUUGUUAAAAUCCUGCCCCCCAGGGAUCGGAUGGGGCCACAAUAGGGGGUCAAAGUUUUUUUUUUUUUUUAUAUAGUGCAGAUUCAAGUUUGUUAAAACCAUGGACCCCGGGGAUUGGAUGGGGCCUCAAGGGGGGCAUCAAAGUUUUACAUACAAAUUUAUAGGAAAAAUCUUUUAAAAUCUUCUUCUCAAGAACCACUGACCCAGAAAAGCUGAGAUUUAUAUGAAAGCUUCCUGAUAUAGUGCAGAUUCUAAAUUGUUAAGAUCAUGGCCCCCGGGGGUCGGAUGGGGCCACAAUAGGGGGUCAAAGUUUUACAUACAAAUAUAUAGGAAAAAUCUUUAAAAAUCUUCUUCCCAGAACCACUAAGCCAGAAAAGCUGAGAUUUAUAUGAAAGCUUUCUGAUAUAGUGCAGAUUCAGGUUUGUUAAAAUCAUGGCCCCCUGGGGUAGGAUGGGGCCACAAUAGGGGAUCAAAGUUUUACAUACAAAUAUAUAGGGAAAAUCUUUAAAAAUCUUCUUCUCAAGAACCAUUGGGCCAAAGAAGUUCACAUUUACAUGAAAGCUUUCUGACAUAGUGUAGAUUCAAGUUUGCAAAAACCAUGGCCUCCAGGGGUAGGUUUGGGGCCAUAAUAGGGACUAUGGUUUUACAUGCAAAUAGAUAUGGAAAAUCUUCUGAUAUGGACCAAGGUGACUCAGGUGAGCGAUGUGGCCCAUGGGCCUCUUGUUAUUAUUUACUUUUGGCUUACACUAUGGUUGUAAAAUAGAUUUGUUUUUGGGAUUUUCUUAAAUUAUGUAAUUAACAAAGAUAUAAUUUAAUUUUCAUUAUUUUUCAAAGUAAUUUCCAUUUACACUUUAUCUAGUUAUUGGAAUAAGACUCCAGGUUGUUUAUCAUUCAAUAUUCAACUAAAAAAAACCUGUAGAGGAAAUUCUGGUUAUGUCAUAUUGUAUAAUUUAAAAAAAAUGUGACAUUUUAUGGAAAACACCUAGAAGGAAAUUGUUUUAAAUGUUUUCAUAGUUCAUUAAAACCAUUGAAAUUAAAUUUUGCCCACAAUGAAUUUUUUCUCUUUAAAAACAGCAGUCUGAAGUUAUUUAUAGACAACCAUUACGGUCCUAAAUCCAGGUGACUUAAUUUAUAAGCAAUCUAGCAAAAUUGUAUUUAAGAGAAAAGUUUAUUUUUGUCGCUUUAUUUUUUCAAGGAGACUGUUCAAAUUUUUUUUUAUUUCUGUCUUAUAUUUCCUGCUUCCCCAUUACAUCAUGCUGACCAAAUGUGUGUGCAGAAACAAUAUGUACCUCAAUCUGCAGUGCUGAAUAAAGAAAAGGAUGUCACAUAGCCUAAAGGCACUGGUUCACGAUUUUCCCCAAAAUUUUGUUUUUCACUUUAAAGGAUCAAAAUCUACUGUUUAAUAUGUUUAAAAGAUUUCACAUAAAAAUCAAGGUUAUACAUUAUCACAGAAGCUCAUUUUAGAGAGUUUAUUAUUUGUUUUGUAAACAAAGAUUGUGGUGUUAUUGUGUACGAAAUUUUCAAAAGAAAUGGAUAUUGAUCAAAGUUUAUCAUAUCUUUCACAUUUCAACCAUUCUUUGGGUAAAAUGUGUCAUCUAAAAGUUAAAAUUUGUGACCCUGCGGAAUUAAGAUGCUUUAUAUUACAAAAUUAUUGUUUCACGGGUUUGUUUGUAUACAUUAAAAGACUCAAGUCUUUCUUCACAUAACACAGAUUGAAGGCUAAAAUAUUGCUUUUAUUCUUGCAUUCAGAAAGUCAAAAUUUUGGCUGUCAACAUUAAAUGAGUUAUAUUUUUAAUGUUUAACAUCAAAAAUGAAAAAUAUUUUUCUCCAAAAUUGUGAACCAGUCCCUUUAAAAGAGUACUUACUACACCUCAAAACACAUGGAAACAAGAUUUUUGGUAAGGUUUUGAAAAAAAAAUUGCCUAGAUUUAUUCCUGUUUGGGUUUCUUUCCAAAUCUUUUAAAGUCAGCAUUUCACAAAGUCUAUAAAUGGUCGUUCAUGUUAUAACGAUUUAGUUUGCCAAUACAGCCUAGCAUUGUUGCAAAUUCUGUCUGACAUGUUUCAUAUCGAUUGUUAGGCCAUUCUUGGCUCACUGAUUUUGACUACGGAUAACUCUGUUUACCUGAUCAAGAUAUAGGACUCACAGCAGGUGUGAUCAGGCGACAGGGGAUGCUUACUCCUUCUAGGCAACUGAUCCCACCUCUGGUGUAUCCAGGGGUCUGUGUUUGCCCAACUCUCUAUUUUGUAUUGCUUGUAAGGGUUAUGAGAUUGAUCACUGUUCGUUAUCUUCAGCUUUCAAUAAGAGAAUACUUAUAAUCCUAUAUGAGAGGUUGAGGACUGCAGGAGGAUAAUGGCUAUUUUUGCUAAAAGUAUGAGAUAAUUGACAAAUUUUUAGAUCACUCUAAAACACAAAUCUCUUAGAAGUUAAAAUGAGCACACCUGCAAAAUUUCUCCAGGCCAUUUUCCUCCAUGAAAAAUAGUAAGUCCCUCUGUGGGAUCAAUACUUAGACAUGCAGAGUUGGGGAAUCCCUCUAUGGGAUGCUUAGACAUGCUGAGUUGAGGGAUCCCUUAACAUGAUGCUUAGACAUGCAGAGUUGGGGAAUCCCCUUACAUGAUGCUUAGACAUGCAGAGUUGGGGAAUCCCCUUACAUGAUGCUUAGACAUGCAGAGGUGGGAAAUCCCCUUACAUGAUGCUUAGACAUGCAGAGUUGGGGAAUCCCCUUACAUGAUGCUUAGACAUGCAGAGUUGGGGAAUCCCCUUACAUGAUGCUUAGACAUGCAGAGGUGGGAAAUCCCCUUACAUGAUGCUUAGACAUGCAGAGUUGGGGAAUCCCCUUACAUGAUGCUUAGACAUGCAGAGUUGGGGAAUCCCCUUACAUGAUGCUUAGACAUGCAGAGGUGUAGAAUCCCUUUACAUGAUGCUUAGUAGUGAUGUACUGAUUAUAGCUGAUUGUCGGUCACUAUAACUGAAAUGAUGUGAAUUUGAAAAUCGAAAAUCGCCGACAUCAGAAUUUCCUUUUUAAUGAUACGAAUAUUCCUGCCUUGACUUAACCAAAAUAAAAAAUGGCUGACGAAGCUAAAUCAUCUGAUAACGGAUACAUGUAACAUUGAAUAGGUGCUAUUGUUUUAACGUCUCUCUUGAGAAUCUUUCACUCAUAUGGAGACGUCACCAUUGCCGGUGAAGGGCUGCAAAAUUUAGGCCUAUAUGCUCGGCACUUACAGUCUUUGAGCAGGGAGGGAUCUUUAUUGUGACACACCUGCCGUGACACGGGGCCUCAGAUUUUGCCUGUUGCAACUAGCAAGGUGUAUUAUGAGGCUCUAUUCUGACCCGGAUCCCAUAGAACAACAACAAAAGUCAAGAAAUCUAUCCCUGUUCAGGGAAAUCAAAAUGCAAAGUAUGGGAUUAUUAACUUCAAAUUUCUAAUCAUAAAUGAUUUUAGACGUCUCCAUAUGAGUGAAAAAUUCUCAAGAGACGUUAAACAAGAUACAAUCAAUCUUAUGAUUUUAUUCUAAUUAACUUAAUAUUUAGGGUAAAAAAUAAAGUAAAUCUAAUAUAUUUAUGCCAUAAAUUUGAAAUGAAAAAAAUUCGAUUAUUUUUCGAUUAAUCAAUCGAAAAGGUGCAUCCGAUUAAUCUGAUCGAUUAAUUUUUUUUCCAAAUUGCCUAUCACUAAUGCUUAGACAUGCAGAGUUGUGGAAUCCCUUUACAUGAUGCUUAGGCAUGCAGAGUUGGGGAAUCCCUAUACAUGAUGGUUAGACAUGCAGAGUUCGGCGGGGGGAAUCCCUCUAUGGGAUGCUUAGACAUGCAGAGUUGGGGAAUCCCUCUAUGGGAUGCUUAGACAUGCAGAGUUGGGGAAUCCCUCUAUGGGAUGCUUAGACAUGCAGAGUUGGGGAAUCUCUCUAUGGGAUGCUUAGACAUGCAGAGUUGGGAAAUACCUCUAUGGGAUGCUUAGACAUGCAGAGUUGGGAAAUACCUCUAUGGGAUGCUUAGACAUGCAGAGUUGGGGAAUCCCUCUAAGGGAUCCUUGGACCUGCAGAGUUGAGAGUACAGGAAUUUCUGAUCUUUUUUUUCCUGGGAGUUAUGCCCAUUUUAAAUGUAGUAGUUUUGCCAAAAUAUACUAUUUUGACAACUUGCGUUAAACCAGUUUUCAAGCCAUAUGUAAUUAUGUUUCCCCUCUUUCAGGGGGAGACAGAUUGUUUUUGUACUUUCCGUCCAUCCGUCCAUCACAAAAUCUUGUGAACACUUCUCCUCCUAUAUGGCUUAUCGGUUAGACUUGAAACUCUGUACAAUUCUUCAUUGCCAUUUGUAGAUGUGCAUGUUGUUGGGACAGGAGGAUCCAAUUAUUUUCCUAAAAGUUAUAGUGGAUCUAAGAAGGGUGAAGGAUGUUAAAAUAGCUUGUGAAUGCUUCUCCUCCUAUAUUGUUUAUCCGAUAGACUUCUAAUUUUGUGUGAUACUUCAAUGCCAUUUGCAGAUGUGUAUUUUGCAUGGACAGGAGGAUCCAAUUGUUGUCCUUGAAGUUAUAGUGGAUCUGAGGGGUAGAGGGUGUAAAAUAGUUAGUGAAUACUUCUCCAUUAUGGCUUAUCGGAGUUCAUAUUGUCUAUGUUCCUGCUCAUGCUUUCUCUUCCAUACCAUUCAUCACAUUAAAGGGAGGAGUUUUCAUUUGGAGCACUUUCAAUUUGGGGAGCGGGGAGACAUUUGUUUUUCAUAAAAACAAUCUCUAGUUAAAAUAUUUCUGUUCAGUAUCAUUGUCGGAAACCCACGGUUGAUUAUGCUUCGUUCCUCUCUCCAUCACCCGUGGGUCCAUUCAUUGCUGCUCGCUUGUUCUCAUGAAUAAAUAUUUAGAAAUAUUGUCCAAUCAAAGUCAUCGUUAUAGUAAUGGAACUCAUCUGUUUUUAAAGGUAGCACUAACUUAAAGACCCAUCUCAUGACCAUAUGGUCAGUGAAAAUGUAGGCGGAGCCUAAUCUAAACAGAUGUUAUUUACCUGGAGUGGCCAGGGUCUACCAAGGUGUUAAUUGCUAUAUCCCAUGGCACUCAAAGAAAUACACAGAGGCAGAACAUGACAGAAAUCUACCUGUCCAUAUUUUUUUUUUAAAUAGUUUUGAUAUACACAGGACCUGUCUCAGGGACCUCUGCAGAGUUUCUGUGGUCAUAGUGUUUGAAUAAUGGUUGUAUUCCUAAGGGUAGCUGACACACAUUCUACACCCACCCCUCUUUCUCUCUCUCUCUGUCAUUGACUCAAUGAAUAAUUUCUGUUAUAAAUAUGGAGGUAUCAUAAAUUGAUGACAUAAAUUAUUUCAAUAGGUUACAAGUUUUAAAACUUAUUGUGCAAAUUAUUGUUUGAUUUCUGAUUGUGUAAUUUAUAAUACAUGUACAGGUAUAUAGAGGGGGAAAAUUACAAUUAUAUUGAAAUUGCAUUGUUCAGGGGCCUUUUUAAAAAGAAUUGAAUUACAAGAAAAUAGCAGAUGUGGACAGGUCAUUGCUAUCAAAACUCAGGUAUACUGGACUUCCUCAAGAUCUAAAGAAUGCCUGUAGAUACUGGCUGUUAUUGUUAUCAAAACACCUCUCUGGGGUAGCCCCAGACCACAGUGUCUGCAGAUGUCACUCCACCUGAGAUCUAUUGUUAAAUGUUUGAUUGACAGGCAGCUUACAAUUUGGGGGUGUCAACUUAAAAUUGGGUCUUUAACUUUGCUAUUACAGCAAUUGUAUACCGAAAUUGGGCUGAAAGCGUCUUGUUGAUUGGACAAAUUUGCUCAGGGUCUACUAUGAGCACCCAAUCAAAUUGCCUCAUUAAUUAUUCAUGAGAAUGAACGAGUAGGAAUGAAUGGACCCACAGGGAUGGAAAGAGGAUAGAACAAAGCGUAAUCAACCGUAGGUUUCCGACGAUGUUUCAGUAUUUUACACAAUUUACAUUUUUAAACAAUAUUACAUAUGAUUCUAAUCUACUUAUAUUUAGUUGAAAUAGAACAAUAUAGCACAGAGGCAUAAGAAUUUGUUGUAUUUCAUGCACAGCAUUGCCAUUCAUUAUGUGUAGCAUGUCAUUCAUUGUUGAGGCAUGGGGUAUAUGAACUAGUCACUUUUUCUUGGAUUACUUAGUGACUGCAUGACUGAAUAUAUGGGUUGCUCUUAUUAUACCCCCUUAAAGAAAGGGACAUAUUUGUUUACACCUUUUGAAUGGUGUGAUGGUCCACUUAAUAUCUUUAGAACCCUAUGCUUGACAGACAUCAAAACUUGUAGUACUGAUUCUACCUAAGGUCAAGAGUCAAAUUGGACAUAGUAAGAUCGGUAUCCUGAGAAUCCUUUACACUCUGACAUUAAAAUGGGGUUAGAUUUGAAGUCACAGAGUCAAGGGUCAAAUUAUUCUGGGCAUAGAAAGAUGUUGUUUGCUCUGUGUCUUGAGAAGCCAUAGCUUGACAGACAUCAAACUUCAUUGAUAUACUGGUUUUACCCAAGGAUUAGAUGACUCCUAUUGAUUUGAGGUUCACAAGGUCAAAGGUCAAGGGUCAAACUUCUCUGGACAUAGAUAUUGUUGCUCAAUAACUGGAGAACCCUUUGCUAGACUGGCAUUAAAUUGGAUACACAGCUGAUACAUCCUAAGGAUUUGAUAACCUAUUGAUUUUGAGGUCACAAAGUCAAAUGUCAAGGAUAAUACUACUCUGUACAUAAGAAAAUAUUGUCCACUUAUUGAUAAUGUCUUGUGAAUCCUUUGCAUGCUUGAUACACUUAAUCCCUUCAAAAGAGAUGUCCCCCAUUGGUUAAAAUGUCUUGUGACUCAUUAGCAUUCUGAAUCUCACAAGGUCAUAAAUCAGUUCACUAAACAAAUAAAAGAAAUACUGCUUAUCAUCUCUGGAACCUUUUAACUGAUGGAGAUCAUGCAAACUUAGUAUUGUGGUUGCUCUUGACUUGUAGAUAACCCAUAUUGUCAUUGUUAUUACAGAUUAUCUAAAUUGAAAGUUGAUCCUUUUCAAUAUUGCCAUACAGAGGGAUAUGUGUAUAGAUAAUCUUAACAUGACUUCAAAGCAGGUCUGAGUAUAUAUACAUUAUCUUCUAAAAACUGUCGUUAUAGAUACAACGAGAAUGAGAAGGAAUUAAUCAUUUUGUUUUGUGAAAUCAUUUUUAUCGAUCGAUUUGUUUGUCUAUCAGUAGCUCAGUGGAUAAGGUAUCGAAUUAUGUGACUCGCAGAUCCCGGGCUCAGAUCCGCUUUUUGUUUUUUUGUUCAUUUUUAUUGAAAUGCAUUUUUGAAAAUCAUGUUUCAUAUCCAAAAUUGUAUAUUUUCUGCCUUUUUAUACACCUGCAUAAAAAUCUGGGCGUAUCAUGCUAUACUGCUGUUGUCCGUCUGUCUGUCCCUUUAACUUUGUCUUCGCAACUUCUCCUAAACACUCUGGGGGAUUUUGAUGAAACUUGGUACAAAGAAAGAUCACAUUGUGGAGAUGUGUAUAUUACAAGGGGAAUGCUGCACCACUAUUUUUGAAGGAGCUAGGGCCCUUGGACUUAGAUUUAUUUUAUGCAAGUACCUUGUCUUUGCAACUCCUCUUAAACCCUUUUGGGGAUUUCAAUGAAACUUGGUACAAAGGAAGAUCACAAUGUGUAGAUGUGUAUAAUACAAGGGAAAUGCUGUCCCACUAUUAUUGAAGGAGUUACAGCCCUUGGACUUGGAUUUAUUUAAUGCAAAAUACAUUGUAAAUUUGCAACUCUGACGAAAUCCUUUGGUGGAUAAUCCAUGAUUUAUAUUGAUCCAAAUUAUUGUCCUUGGAUAUGGAUAUACUUGUUCAAUUCCUGGGUCAAUGAUGUAUGCGGGCGUAUCAUGUACUGGUUUAGCGGUGCCCUAUUUUUGACAUAUGUACUUAUUACUUAUUAUCAUAUCCUUCCUAAUUUAAUCAUUUUGCGCUGAUUUGAAGAAACUCUUCAAAGUAAUGUAGGGAGCCACCUUAAUUCCUUCUCUCAUGGAACUUAAGGUUUUUUUUGUGUUUGUAGUUCAUUGGGGGGGAAAACAUUGGCUUAUAAUGACCAGUUGCAUGAAAUAUUGUUUAAAUAUACCACAAGAAACUUAAAAUCACACCGAUAUGACAUUUUUCAUUCAAUAAUUUAAAAUAGAGUUUUCUUUCAUAUGAAAACCAUACAUUCCUAUGAAAUAAAUCAAAAUUAUGAAUCAAUAGCUUCACUGCUCAAUCUAGCCCAGCUUUCACAAGAAAUGUGCCCUAAUGUUUUGAGAAAGGUUAUCUUAUAUUUUUUAUAUUUAUAUUUAUAUUUCUCAGACCAUAAAUUGCUUUGUUCUAGCUGUCUCUUUAUCCUUGGAAAUUGCUGUGGAGAUUCAGUAAAUGAGUAUUCAUAAAAACCCAGCACAGAGAUUUACCUCUUUUUUAAUUCUUACUCAUGGUAAGGCCAAUUCAACAUAAUUAGUAGAUUAUCAUCCAGGGUCAGCAAAAAGUAUGGGGCGGGUGGGAGGAUUUUAUUUUUUAUUUUUUGAGAAAAAUAAUAAAGACAAACAAGGUUUUUUCCCCCCAACAGAUCCGCAUCAUUUAAUGGCAGUUGGAUAUCAAUCUAUGCUAUUUUCAUACACUAAUUCCAGGUCAAGCUUUAAUUUAAGGAUUUAACAGAAAUAUACCUAACUUCUUCAAGAUUUAUGUCUGUAAGAAUGCGAGAAAUUUAGAAAACCAUAUAAAUCUAUUUUCUUCACGUGACUUUUCACGUUCCUAUACCGGAAAUGUAAACAAGAAGUGUAAAUACCGGAGUCUGACAUGAAAAUAUUCCGUAAAUCGCAAGUUUCACAAAAUAAAAAAAUUCGGGGCGGGCCAAUUUUUGAGGGGCGGGCAGGGAUGAUAAUCUAUCAAUUAAGUUGAAUUGGCUUAAACUGCAAAUUUUAAAUUUGAAAAGUGCUGUUUUCUUUUGUACUACUGGUUUAGUGGCAAUGUUUUCAAUCAAAAUAUAGAACAUAUAAUGCAAGAUGUUUGCAAGUGGAUUUGCAAUUCUAAACUGACAUGAUUAGGAAUAUUUGCUGUGUACCAAAAGGGAAUCCAUUGAAGAAAUAGACUGUCCAUUUUAAAUGAUGGUAUUAUAUGAUAAUGGUGCAUCAAGAUUUAAUAAGCAUAAUUAGUUUAAAGUUGGACAACAGAGGCCUCUUCCCUGUGAUAAUUGAUAAUCAGUUUUAAGUCUCUAUUGGACUACACACACCACAUAUAUAUCAGCUCAUCGAGUUCAUGCUCAGAGACUAGCAAGGCUGGUGUGUCAUUGAGUUUGUCAUAGCAUCACUGGGAGAUCAAAUUAUAGAAGGGGAGAUGGUAUUCACAAAGAGUUGCAGCUGACUGAUGACUGCACCCAGCAGAAGACUCCACUGGCCCCUGGUAGUAAAUGGCAACUUUUAGUGAUUCUUUGAACUUUGGUCUUACAAUAUUCUAUUGGUUGUUGCACAGCAAAGGUGGAGAGACUAAUUUACAAAGCUCUCCUUUGAAUUAGAUUCCCCCUGUGGUGAAGGCAAUUGAUAAAAAAAAUACUGCUGCAUCAAGGAAAAUGACUCUCAUUGGAUGAAUUAGAAGACUAGAUUAAAAAAAGUGGAUUCAUAUAACUCAAUUUCAGCCGUAAACUGUUGCUUCAGUAUGGAGUAAAGUAUCAUUAUUGUGAAAAUUUAUGGUACAAUUUUUGAAGUUAUUUGAUAGAAUUAAUUGUCCUGGAGUGGAAAGUUAUGGGUAAUAAAUAAUUUAUUUGGAAUAUUAUUUCAGAACGUACUGGAAGAUGAAAUGUUCUGAACAGUUUUCAAGACAAGCAUUUGAUAGUAACAGACCUUAGAGUGCUAGUCAGACUCUGUAACAUAAUAUUAACUGUGCUUUAAUGGAUUCUGUGCGGAAAUUCUCAGUAACAAUUAAAACUCAAUUGGAAGGAAUGUUAAAAGUUGACAAUGACUUUGAGACCCGUUCUAGGAGUAGUAUCGUCUCCAUUUUAGAAGAUCUUGUUCAAAUUCGUAGAGCUUUCUUGCGAAAGCAAAGCGAUUCAGCGGUAAGUUUAUUGCAUGGCACUACUUCACCUCAUCGAAGGUGACUACUGUAUGUGUGUUUAAUUUAGUGUGAUUCAUAUUUUAACACCAUUGCCAGUGCAGUGGCCCUAAUUUAGUUUCUGUUAUAGAAUAUGAAAAUCUCUACUUACAUCCAUUAUCUAACACAGAGGAAGUGCUAAAUCAUGAUUACACCAAAUAGUGCAUCUGCUCCAAUUGCACUAAAUUCUAAGUACGCUAAAAUAAGUGCACAUACAAUAAUUCAGUAUUCUAAUUUCUAUGUUUCUACUGGAAAAUGUGUAUCCUUUUCUGUUCUUUAUUAUUUGACAAAUUUCAUUUAUAUAUAUAUCUGUGUGUGUGUAAAUAUGUACACACUAGUUACCCAAAUCUAUUUCAUGUUAAGAGUUAAGUUAGAAUUUCCAUCAAACCCUUCCUUCAGAUAAAAAUUAAGUCUCCUUUAUUUUCUGUAACUACGAUGCCAUUCCAUUGUAGGUGUGAUAUGAGUUUGUUUUAUUGAUAAUUGAAAUGCAGUUGUUGUUCAGUAGUAGUGCAGGCAAAGAGUUCAAUUGUAAGUCAGGAUUUCUUGUCGUUUUCAGGGAAUACAAAACAAAAUGGAUAUCAAUUUCCUGUGAAAUUUACUGUUUUCAAUUGAAGCAACUAUUAUCAUUAAACUAAAAGUAUUCGGUAGAUUAAAUCAUAUACAUAAUUACACAGAAACAUAUUUAAUCAUAAACAUGGUAGUUUGCUUAUAAAAAUGCAAAAGUUGUAUUUGUAUUAUUUGUCAAAGUUUGCAAUUUUAUGCCCUUAAUGACCAAGAAGUCUGUCUUUAAACUUUCUUAUUGUUGCUCCCUGCUCAUGAAAUAGAGGUAAUAAAAUAAUUGAUUUUUAAACUAGAAGUUUACAAGUAGAUAUACCAUGGCUGUGUGGUAAGUAUAUACAUGUAACUGUUUCACACAGGAUCCGUUUGGAUAGUGUGGAUAUUCUGAUCUGUGUUCAAAAGCACAAAUAGAAUACGUAAAACCUCAGCCCAUAUAAAAACUUACCAGUAAUGCCAGGUUACAAAUUUAAAUACUGGUACCUGUUUAGUAUGUGAAGAUUUGUCUGCACUUUUGAUGACAAUCGCUCUUCCAUUUUCAUAGACAGGGCUGAUUUCACUUUAACAUUUUUGAUAAACACCCCAGUUUCAUGACUAUUUGCAAUUAUGCAUCAGAAUGGAAGCCUUACUGCAGUGAUAUAAUUCUUGGUAUUUUUCCUGAGGUCAGGUUGGAACUUUAGAUCAGAAUGUUGAGGACAAUUUUCUUAUGAAAUGCGCAGUUUUGAAGUGAAUAUUUUGUGAUUAUUUAUUGCAAUCUGAUUUGCUUCAUGAAAUGAAUCAUGUGAUUUAGUCACAUUUUCAUGCCAUGCGAAAUCUAUAUUGUAUUUGUGACUUAAUUGUGAUCAAUGAAAAUAUGAGUUCUUGUAAGUACGGUAUUGCGUGUUACAGUGAGGAUUGAGAGUUGUACGUUACAAUACAAUGUCACUCUAAUUGAACGGGUCACACUGAGAUUUCUGUAGCAUUUUUCUAUACUAUAAAUCACUUUAUAGACAUAAGAACUUGAUUUGCGCAUAAUUUUGCAAGUCUUGUUGCUCAUCAAAAUGAAGUUCUUGUCAGUAAGUGUGAAUAAAUUGUUCCAGUGACGUAAAAUUUACCUUAUGAUAAUCAGAAGCAAGUACUAAACCCCUAAAAGACAGAUGUGUCAUUCGGUUUCUUUGAAUCGAUAGAUUUUUAUUAGUGUCAUGUUUAAAUUUCAUUGAAUAUAAAACAUCAUGCAAUCUAAAAAAAAAAAAAAAAAAAUGGAAAGAAAAAGGAAUACAGCAAGUCAAAAUUUUAAAAAUUCAUGGAAUCAAAUGGAUAGAAAGGAAAAAAUCAAAAUGAUAUAAUUUAUACACAAGUAUAAAUCCAAAAGUGAUGUGCCUUUUUGCCAGCCUGUCUUUACUACAUGACAUGUUAAUUUUUCCAUAGGUUCAAGUACCCAUCAGGCAUGAAAAGGCUUAACUUUCGAAAGCCACAUAUCAAUAUCAUUGUCUCUAGGAGGGUGCUUCUCCUAGAGACAGUAGAUUAAUGUGCAGCUGUGCAGCACAUUCAUUGGCAUGCCUGUCUUAGAAACACAAUUUCAUAGAUUGUUUAAAAAUGCCAUUAGAUGUCAGAUCCAGGAGUUGUAGUGGGUGUGUACAAUACGCUAAUACAUAAACACAGUGGAUCCUUUCCUGUUGGAGUAGAUCUUGGUAGUUCUUCUCCUUGAUGUGCCCCGUAGUGCUCUACCUGACUGGCAAGUCUAAUUCAAUAUGAGGGAUAGCUAAAUUAAAAAUAAAAGAGAAUUUUUUGUGUCAAUCGUACAAAAUGUAGAUGUUCUCAUUGACAAUACAAUUUUAAUUUAUAGUGAACCAAUCUGGAACUUUAAUUCGUAUUUAGAUUUAACACAUUUUCAUUAUGAUUACACGUAAUUAUGAUAAUAUGCCCGAUCAAUGAAAAUGCUGAAAAGUCUUGCUAUUCUGUAGUGGUGGCAUUGGACCAGUGUGUCUCGGAGUGGUGUAUGUAAGGUUUAUUGCAAUGCAGGUCAACCUAUGCAGGUACAUGGAAGUUAAUUUACCCAAAAUUUAAUUUUCAUAAGAUUAAAUUACACACAAUAAAACAUGUAUCACAUGACCAGUACUCGGCUUGUUUCAAAACGAAAGUGUUUAAAAAGACAGUCUGUAUUUUGAAAUUAUUUUCAUUUAUUUUUUUCUACAACCAUAGUUUUUUUGUAUGCAUAUUUGAUAGAGUUUUUAUACCCCCGAGAUCGAAGAUCGGGGGGCAUAUUGUUUUUGUCCUGUCUGUCAUUCUGUAAUUCUGUCUGAAACUUUAACCUAGCUUGCGAAUAACUUGAACAGUAAGUGCUAGAGCUUUGAUAUUUCACUUGAGUAUUCCUUGUGACAAGACCUUUCUGUGGGUAUACCAAAAUGCUUGACCCUGUGACUAGACCUUGGAGUUUGACCUACUUUUAAAAAAAUUGACAUUGGUCAUAACUUCUGAAUGGUAAAUUUAUAUUAGAGCUUUCAUAUCGCACAUGAGCAUUUCUUGUGACAAGAUCUUUCUACUGGUAACAAGAUGUUUGUCCUUGUGACCUUGGCCAUCUUUGGAAUUGGCCAUUAUCGGGAGCAUUGUGUUUCACAAACAUGUCAUCUUGUUUGUUUCAUUUUAUUCAUAGAAUAUACCAUAGUAUUGAUAUCUUUCUUAAAAAUGAGAGAAUGUGCCUUUAAAUGAACUGUGUUAUUUAUACAUGUAGUUAUCUUCAGGUGCAAAAGGGGUAGGGAUUGAAGCAUUGUCCAAUGAUGUAAAUAUUUAGAUGGUAUAUUUCGUAAAGUUGUAAAAUUGAUGGGGAGCAGUUUUAGCUCACCGGGACAAUUUUUAAAUGUACAUGACGCCAGUGUUGCGUCACUCUGUCAACUUUAACCUGGGCUAUAUAUCUUUGAAUCAAGGGGAUAUAAUUAAGGAUUGAUUUUUUUCACAUAUAGAUUCCUCAUGACCAAGCCUUUCAUUUGGUACCAAUUAAGACUUUUAAUUUAGGGACCUUGAUCUUGGACUUUGACCUACUUUUAAAAAACUUUAACCUUGGCUAUAUCUUUUGAACCAAGGGGGUUGGGAAUAGUACAGUCACGUUUCCCUGUGAGCUAUAUUGUCAACAGUGACAAAUCUUGUUCGUUUAACAAACAACUUUUUUUCUGUAUGAUUUUCUGUAUUUUUUUUUAAUUUGAUGACAAUCACAGUACACUUUGAUGUAUUAAUGUAAAUAAUAAGCUGAAGAUUUACCACCUACUGUGGAGACCAGACCCCCAACAGGUAUGGACCAAAAGUCACCCAUAGACAUCCCUAUACCCACAACAAAAUGUUUGUGAAAUACUUUGCCCCUGAGUAUGACGAAGAGCAAAUGACCUUUAAUCUUUAUUAGUCCAUAUGUACAUUUGACCCAUCGUCGGUUACCCACGUGUGCUACUCGUUGAUUCUCUCCAUCAUCACUGGGAGUGUGUGUGGUCUCGGAAACCGUGGUUUGCGACGCCUUUGACCUUACAGCUUACCAAGUUUGAAGUUGUUUUCUCGCAUACUUCAACAGUGCAUCACUUGAUCACAAUUUCAGAUCAUGUGAGGCCAAAAGCAUCUUUUAUUAUAUUUUUAAAAGCACACAUUACUAUUAUCUGUGUUCUGUACUGCUUUAAAUGUUUGAUAUAAAUAAUUUAGGUAGGCCUUUUUACUGAGGAAGUAUGUUCAAUAUUAUUAGUGACAAAGGAAGCACUCUGUAUCAUCAGAGUUUAUCUCUCAUGUAAUUUUUCAGCCGCAACUCCACAACAACUUUCUUAAUUGUUAAAAUUUUUCCUGUGAUUUUAGUACACGUGAAGAAAAUUAGGGAAUAUUGUUGAAGUGUUUGAUACAGAUUAUGCAAUACCGGUAGUUGUACUGAUUAUAUACCAAUGUCAUCUUAACAGUAGUUUAAAAUCUGAAUGAUGUUUAAAAUAUGAAUACAAUGCACAAUGAGGAAAAAAAGGAAAACUGCAAAUAUUUGAUUUUCCCUACCUCUUUAUAAAUCUGAUAGUGAAAUGAGGGCACAGUUAAAAAAAAAAAGAAAAAAGAGGAAUAAGUUGAAAUAAACUACUUCUGUAUAGGGUGAUGUGGUGGAUUAGGAGGGGCUUUCUACUACGCCGUUAUAUUGAGAAAAGUAUUUGGAAGGGAAUAAAAAGGAUGCCUUCCAAUGCAUAAUAGGACAGAAAGUGGAAAUAGAAUUAGUGGCAACUCGACAAGCAGUCUUAAGUUGUCAUAUUGUCCAAAUGCACUUUCGAAUAGAGAAGGCUUUCGUGAUGCAGGAAUUAUGUUGAAAGUAGACAAAGAAAUCUGUCACUCCCGUGUGAGUUUGACUUCUUUUUUAGAGGAUGUUCAGAGUGUCUUUCAGAGGAAAAAGUCAAUAACUGUUGUGAACCAGAAAUCAUGGAUUGAGAAGACGUUCUUCAAAAGAGACUGUACCAAAUUCAUCAAGAGUUCAAGAGACCCAGGAAGGUGCUGCUGUGGCAGACCCAUUGCUUGGCAUGUGGCGGAAAUCAAACCAACUGACAGUCCCAGCAUCAAUGAAAGGUGGCACCCUUAUACACAUACUGAGAGCAAACCCACUGAUGCCUACGGCACUUUAGAAUUCCAGGGGGCGCCCCACGCCAGUAAAGCUCAGUAUGUGAGACUGAGCAGUUUUGAUACAAAAGCUGAGAAUGUGUUGCAGCUUUUAACCAAACACUGGGGACUAGACCUCCCUAAGCUCCUCAUCACAGUGCAGGGGGGGAUUCUGAACUUUGAUCUCCAGCCCAAACUUAAACGUGUAUUCCGGAAAGGAUUGCUUAAGGCAGCCAAAACCACAGGAGCUUGGAUUAUAACCGGUGGAACCAACACCGGUGUAACAAGACAUGUUGGGGAUGCCAUAAGUGAUCGAACAACCAAACUGAAAAACAAAGUAGUGGCCAUCGGGAUAGCACCAUGGGGAAUCGUGGAAAACAAGGAGGAGCUGAUAGGAAAAGAUGUUGUUGUGCCAUAUCACUGCGUCUCCUCACCGAAGAGCAAUUAUGCAGUGUUGAACAGCAAUCACUCGUACUUCUUGUUAGUAGACAACGGAACUGUGGGAAAAUACGGAGGGGAAAUCAUAUUCAGGAAGAGGCUGGAAAGAUUCAUUGCACAGCAAAAAAUUUCCAUAACUAGUGGAGUUCAGGGACGUGGCGUACCUGUUAUUUGUGUGGUGCUGGAGGGUGGUGCCAACACCAUCCGCUCUGUGCUGGAGUAUGUGACAGACAAACCACCUGUCCCUGUGGUGGUCUGCGAUGGUAGCGGUAGAGCUGCAGACCUGUUGGCGUUCACCCACAAAUUUGCUCAAGAAGAUGGGACAAUGGUGGAAAGCUUAAGGGACCAGCUCAUUCUUACAAUACAGAAAACCUUUCAGUAUUCACAGGAGCAAGCAGAAAAGUUAUUUUUGGAACUCAUGUUAUGUGUGAAGAAGAGAGAAUUGAUCACAGUGUUCAGGAUGGGGGAAGGAGCACAAGACAUUGAUCUAGCAAUAUUAACAGCUCUCCUCAAAGGAACCAAUGCCAGUGCUCCAGAUCAGCUGAGUUUGGCCUUGACCUGGGACAGAGUGGACAUUGCCCGCAGUCACAUCUUUACCUACGGACAGGAAUGGCCGGAAGGAUCUCUAGAGCAGGCAAUGAUGGAUGCUUUGAUAAAUGACCGGGUAGAUUUCGUGAAAUUGUUGUUGGAGAAUGGAGUUAGUAUGCAGACUUUUCUUACCAUCCCCAGGCUGGAGGAGCUGUACAACACUAGACAAGGUCCUGCUAACACGCUACGAUACUUGAUUAGGGAUGUGAAAAAGCAUGUGUUGUCCAGCUAUAACUACACAUUGAUAGACAUUGGGAUGGUGAUAGAACAUCUGAUGGGAGGAGCUUUCAGAUCUACCUACUGCAGGAAACGAUUCCGACAAAAAUACAACGCUCUCAAGAGAAACAAUACUGCUGGCAAUCUACACAGUAUUGUGACUGAACUACCUCUGAUGAUUGACACGAAGGAUGCUCAGGAACUUUUCCCCUACCCCUUCCAUGAUCUCAUGAUUUGGGCCGUGUUGAUGAAGCGACAGAAGAUGGCGCUGUUCAUGUGGCAACAUGGAGAAGAAGCCAUGGCGAAGGCUUUGGUGGCUUGUAAGCUGUACAAGGCCAUGGCUCACGAAGCUGAUGAAGAUAAUCUGGAAGUGGAUAUUUCAGAACAAUUUUUAAAUGACGGAAAGGAGUUUGAGAAGUUGGCGCUGGAGAUGUUGGAGCACUGCUAUAAGAUAGACGAUGACUACACCCAGCAGCUACUGACCUACGAACUGAAGAACUUCUCCGACCAGACCUGUCUAAGUCUGGCCGUGGACGCCAUGCAUCAGGAUUUUGUGGCCCACACGUGUUGCCAGACUCUGAUUAAUGACCUGUGGAUGGGAGGUCUACGGAUGAGAAAGAACAGCAGUCUUAAGGUACUUUUGGGGAUCUUUAUUCCCCCGUAUGCGAUGGCCCUGGAGUUUAAGACUAAGGAGGAGUUACAGCUGAUGCCUCAGACGAUGGAGGAGCAUUUGGAGGAGCUGGAGGAUGAUGACAGUGACACUGAAGAUCUGUCCUUUAGCUCCCUGGAUGAUGAUCACGUCAAUGAGUACCCCAGUGUAUACUCCAUCCCUACCUCCCAGUCACUGCCCCGCCUUAAUGGACAUCCCAAUGGCAAAGCUAAACUCUCCCUCACCAAAGCAAAGAGUAUGUACUGUGACGACAUCAAUGUGGAAACAUCCCAAAUGAAGGUCCAGGAAAAUGGAAAUUGCCCGGUGGACAACAACAGCACAUUGGAUUACUCUCACAUGCAGAACAAGAAAAAGAAAAGUCCGCUUAGGCUUGGAAAGAAGAUCUACGAGUUCUACAACGCACCCAUCACCAAGUUCUGGUUCUAUACGAUGACCUACUUUGCAUUCCUUGCUGCAUAUACAUUUGUUGUACUGGUCAAAACUUACCCCAAGCCCACCUGGCCCGAGAUCUUUCUUAUGACCUAUGUCUUCUCUUUGGCAACUGAAAAAUUCAGACAGGUGGUGGCCUCAGAACCUGUUAAACUCAGCCUUAAGUUGCGGGUGUUCUUCAUUCAGUAUUGGAAUAUUUGGGACAUGGUGGCAAUUCUGAUGUUUUCUACAGCAGUUGGGCUGCGAAUGUUUGAUGAAACGAGGAAAGCAGCUAGAAUAAUCUACACCCUAAACAUUGUGUUCUUCUACAUCCGAAUACUGGAGAUUUUGUCAGUCAACCAGUAUUUGGGGCCAUAUGUCAAAAUUAUAGGAAAGCUGCUGAGGGACAUGUCCUAUUUCCUGAUUAUAAUGCUGUUGGUUGUGAUGAGUUUCGGAAUCAUCCGUCAAGCGGUACACUUUCAGGACGAGGAACCGUCGUGGUUCCUGGUUAGAAACAUGUUCUUUUACCCCUACUGGAUGAUCUACGGAGAGUUGUUUGCUGAUGAAAUAGACACAUGUACAGAUCCGGAACGUCACCCUAAUGGCUGUGUAUAUGGGUCAUGGGUUGCUCCAGCCUGUAUGUUUGUUUUCCUCCUCAUGUCAAAUGUUCUACUAGUAAACCUACUCAUCGCCAGAUUUAAUGCUACCUUCAUUAGAAACAAUGCUAAAUCGCGGGAGAUCUGGAAAUUCCAGCGAUACCAAUUGAUUGUAAAAUAUGAAAUGCGCCCUAUUUUGCCUCCACCCUUUACAAUUAUCAGCCACAUUUACCUCACAUUCAAGUACAUCAUCCGCAGAUGCAAAGGAAAAAGAGAUUUCUUUGACAACGGACUGAAACUGUUUUUGUCAACCGAUGACAAGGAAAAACUACAUGAUUUCGAGGAGGAGUGUGUAGAGGACUACUUUCGUUAUAAAGAUUACAAGUUUCAGUCCUCUUCAGAUGAAAGAAUCCGAGUCAUCAAUGAAAGAGUUGAAAACAUGACGAUGAGAAUGGAUGACAUCAACCAGAAGGAGAAUUCCAUCAAGCUCUCACUGCAGACUGUAGACUACAGAAUGUCCAAGCUGGAGGAGGUAGCCAUGCAGACUAACAACACACUGGGAUUGCUAAGGACCUACCUCUCCAGAAAUGUUAGGCAUUUCAGCGGGGCAUCAUUUGGAAGUCAGGCACAUGAACCUAGCUUAGAGAGCCAGGACUCCAUCAUAGAAAAUGACAUUGUAAUGUACGAGUCAGAUUCUCCUGCAAAGAUUGACCCGGAACAGGAAACCUCUUAUGGGGCGACUCCUACUUUCACUAUUGGCAAGGAUUCUCCUCCCACCCCAAAUGAGGCAGCUAACUCCACAAUGCGAAGCAUUCCAUCUCCAUUGUUAGUGCACACUAGAAAACCCAUGAAGGAGGAACAUCUAAAAAAGUUCACUGAUUACUCCAAACAGCAAACCACCCCUGUCAAACGGAAGUCAGUGGAUCAUGGUGCGAGUCAAAAGGACAGGAAAUUGCUUCCUCAGUUACAAGAGUCUAGUCCUGUUGAGGAGUACAAGGACGACAUGCCACUAACACAGCGGAGACAUGUUGCAUCAGAAUUAAGUGUGAACAUAGAGCUGGCCAAUGCUGGUAUGCCUUCCACUGCUGCAACUCAUGCUCCUGAUGCUGAAAAGAACAAAACUCAGUCAGCAGUGUAUUCUACAGCCAUUAUUGCUUCAGACACUCAGAUGACCACUGGACUGCCAGGGGCUAGUGUUGUGGCAGGCAGCGUUUCAUACAAGGAUGCUGAAACGCGUACGAGGACAUCUCCUGGUGUACCCCGCCCACCAACCUCUCCUAGAAUCUCCAUAACAUCUGCUGUGUACGGCCAGAAUAAGUCUAACCUGCUAGUACCUGCCUCAGUCUCUCAGAUGACACCAAUUCUCACUUCUAUCAGUUCGGAAUACACCACCAUAACAGAUGAAAUCGACACUUCAUGUGUGGUUGAUAAGAGUCCGCCAGGAAGUCCCACAUCUGCUGGGACGUUCUUCGGUGAGGGGACAACAGAUGUGGAGAAAAAGAGGAAACAGUCAGAUGUGGUGACUGUGGAAAAUGUAAGACUGAAAAACGCAGAGGAACUACAGCACAGAAAAAUGGAACGCAUUAUCCAGCACCGUCUUCGACAGAUUUCCCUGGACGAGAGUGACAGCAUUAGUGAUAUUGCUAAACUGGUGGUCAGUGAAAUGGACACACAGGAGGAAAACCGCUCUGGGCAGGAGGAAGAGGAAGAAGAGGAUUCGGAGGAUAUCCAUGGAUCUGUAGAGAGUCUUGUGGCCAGUCAGAUGAUGUCUGAUGUCAUCGAGAUCAAGAUCCGUCGACCUUCACAAGAAACAGAGCCAAGAGUUUAAUGAUGGUCCGAUUUAGUCCUAAAUUUCUGAUGGAUUGUUGCAUGUAUUUGUUAUUUUUUUUAUUAUGUACAAAGCUAUUAAUUUCUUGCCAAUUGUACAGCAUGUUUUGUUCCUUUAGUACAAAUGAGGGCAAAACAAAAAUUAAUUAAGCAAUAAUGGAUGUGCAUUGCAAAAUUUUAUCUUUGAUUUGUAUUAUUGGGUUAUCUCCCCUCUCUUGGUGGAUGGAAAUGAAACCGAAUCUUAUUUGGGUACUUACAAAGAAAUGGCAUAAUUCUACAUGUACAAAACUGUAAAGUGAUAGUCUACUAAUUAAGUUGCAAUAAAUUUUGUCUAUUAAGGAAUUUGUAAUUGUCAGAAAGACUCCUUAUGUACAUGUACAUCAUGCUUGUGAAUGUACAAUCUAUAUUGUUUUUAACCAUCAGACUGUGAUAAUACAAUCUUUGUCAUGAUAUAAUUUAUGCAUGCACAACUGAUAUUUACCUCAGUUUUGUAAAAUUUAUUUUAAGAAUAUUUAUUGAAAUAGAAUAAAUUGUUGUUUGUAUAUUGGUUUUAAUUAGCCGAUCUCAGCAUUUAUGUUUUUCUGUGUAUUGGAAAUGGUGUAGAUUAAACUGUAUUGGACUGUACAUUGUUUUUUUUAAUAGUAUUCAUCACAAUUAUGGGUGUGUCAAGCUACAUUUAUUAUCAUUACUGAGAUUUAAUUAAGAUUCCACUUUAUUGAAGGAGGACUUUUAUCAUAUUCUUUACUUUCAGAAGGAACAAAAGAAAUUUUUUAAAUGUCAAUGAAUUUAUUUAUAUUGAAAUAUAUAUUUGUUGUUAAUUUUUAGUGUUUAAUGGUAUUGUGUUAUGUAGUACAUUGUAUUUGAUUGAUUUAUUGGUUUAAUACCAACUCCAAUGUUUUUAAAUUAAUGCCAAAGGUAUUUUUUAUCCAUAAUUGCAAGCUUUCAUGUACACAGUGCUUUUACAAUCUGUCGCUGUGACAAUUUCAUUAGUUUUGUAAUCUCAUAGAGAAUCGCAGUCCGCAUUUGAUACCAUUGCAUAAUAUGUGCAAGUGGAUUAGAAAACAAAAAAUAUAUAUCAAAGCCUGUGCCAAAUCAUUUUCAAAGUCAAAAUCUUACUAAGACUGAUUUACUUAGACAGUUGUUUCCAGCAUUUGUUACACUUUGUUGUUGGGUCUUUGAUAUUCAUGGACAAUGUGCAAGGCAUGAAAGACUAGAAACGUACAAUUGUAUUCACAUUGUGCAAGGCAUGAAAGACUAGAAACGUACAAUUGUAUUCACAUUGUGCAAGGCAUGAAAGACUAGAAACGUACAAUUGUAUUCACAUUGAAUAUGGUAUACACUUUUUGAAAUGUAACUUUUUACACAGAAUGUUAUGUUGAUGACAUUGUGCUUUUUAAAUACAUCCAUGCAUAUACUAGGACCCUUUAAAAUUUUCAAAUUCUUGUGUUCAGUCUGCUGAAGUGUUCACAGUUAUGAAAAUGUCAAUGUUCAAAGAAUCAGGUUGUUAACAAAACUGUUUCCAAGCAGAAAUAAAUAAUUCAACAUACAAAAA